AAAAAUACACUUCCAUUUUUGUCCAUAUAUAUAUAUAUACCCUUUCUCCUUCUUCUUCAUUCCGUUUUUUUUUUUUUCUUGUCAUUGUUCUUGCCAAACAAACACAAAAAAUGCAUAGAUCAGCAAGCUGGAACCGGGUUGCCGACGACGAUUACUUCAAGCACAGGAUGGCUGAUCAGUACUAUAUGCACUCGUCGCCCAAUGAGGGAACUCAAGGGAUGAGAAUGUCAUCGUCCAUAGAAUUGAAUCAGCUGCCAGCCUAUGAUCCAAUGGUGGAAUUGGCUAUGAAGGAGAAGUCACGUGCGAAGUUUGCAGAAAAUGCUGUCCAUAUUAUUCCGUUCGUGCUGCUUCUUUGUGGCCUUGUUUUAUGGUUCUUUUCCAAUCCAGACGUGAAUGUGGGAGUUAGAAAUAUGGAUUCCAUAGCUGCAAGGAUUGAAGGAUUGACAAUUGAAGGAGACAUUGAUACUGAUAGUGACGGUACGCAAACAGGGUUUCUACCACUCGAUCAGGGAGAUUCGGGCAUGCCAAAACAAACAAAACAUCACAAAAGUCUCAGAAAAAUGAUCAAAACUGAUCUUCAUUUUCUUUAGCAGUGCAAUUCUUAGAAUAUAUAGGAUGUUGUUUUAUUUCUUGAACUUCCUUCCAUCUCGAGUUUUUAUUUAUUUUUCAAUGUUUGUUAUGACACUAAAUUGAUGAACUCGGUGCGCAUGCAUAAUAAUGUUCUGAUGAAAAAUUAUUUUCGAUGUAUGCAAACAUUUUUAUAUUGAGAUUACCUAGCAAGCUAGCUACUUGUUUUGAA